CUUAGUUCCAAAGAGUUCCCAGGUUGUUUUUCUGGAGCUUCACAUUCCCAUUCCUAUUGAGCGCGUUCUUCACAAGAAACUCUCUCCGACAAUAUCGGUCCUCUCCAGGGCGUCGCAUUCAAGAUGGCUCCUCCGACAUACUUCUACAAGGAGACGCGCUUAACUUUGGAACCGUCAUCAAGUUCCUACAUCGUUGAUGUAGAGCUCCCUACUACGAAUAACCAAGGGCGAAACCCACGAAAGGCCAUCAAAUCAUCGAAAGCGGCUGCCAAGAACGAUGCCUCUCGAGCUACUGCAUCUGCGAUAUACUACCGAAAACACAAUAGUUUUCCGAGAGGGUUCCUUUGGCGAGUCCUUGAAAGCGAUACCGUCCUAAGCAUACGAACCAUCGAUAUUUGCAAAUCCAAAAAAGCAUCUGACGCAAACCUCAUCCUAAACUUCCACUUCCAACACCAAAUCAUACCUGCUUGCGUCGCGUUCUGCGACUCUAGAGAUCAUGAUGCCCUCAGUAUCUUCGUCCUCGAUACUGCCAAUCAAUUGUAUACUCUAUUCCUAAGACCAGACUCCUUUCGCAAGCGUUCUUUCGUUGAAACUGGACUUGGUGAUGCCUGCAAGAUUUACCAGCCUAAUGCCUUCCGCAAUUUCAAGCAUCCGUAUAGGCUUGUUGCGGUUCACGAUCAUCAGCUUGUCGCCACACUCUCUGAUGGGGGCCACAUUCGUUUUGAUAAGAACACAUCACAUAACGCACCUCAUGUACCCUGGAAAGAAACGUUCUAUAACGCCAAGGGCUGGUUUCGAAGCUUGCUAGGAGGUCGAGGAGAUUUGGACAUCAAGGCGGCGGCAGCAGCAAUUCAAACAGACUUAGGGCUGGAUAACGCCUCGUUCCUUUUCACUGCUUGCCUCGACCACCGCUUACGAGUCUGGAACCUUCAUACCGGACAAAUUCUUGCGACUAAGGACCUAUUAAAUGCUUCAAGGGAUCCGCAGGAGACGGGGAAGUGGCAAUUAGAUGCAUCGCAAACCAAUUUGAUUCGUAUUGUAGGCAGUACUGAAGGCAAUCGACUCUGUGUGACUUAUUCUCCGGUUGGAUCUGGAGAGUUUAAGUUCUGGGAGUUGGAGUCUGACGAUGAAAAUUCUGUUGAAUUACAAGAUCUCUUCCCCAACCAUCAUUUUAUGCCUAACCCUCCCCUCGGCUCAGAUGUCUGGACGCUUGCUGAUUUUAGCGUGGCUGAACGCUCACCAACUCAUGGAUAUAGGAUGUGGCUCCUAUGGAAGAAUAACAUGGCAUACCGAGUCCAAGAGUUAACAUUCCUGGAAGAUAAUGUCUCGAAAAAUUGGCAGGAGGGUUGGCGAUCCGUAUUCUCAGACACAGCUAUUCCAACCGCGCAGGUAUCUGGCUCAUCUGAUCCUACCGAACCCACCGAAAAAUGGCUGCAACUGAUUUUCUUCCCUGGAAGAUUCCCCAAAGUGACGGUUGAAGCUGCGCUUAGCGCUUACGAAGGAGCAAUUGGGAGGCAGGGAAACGCGGCGUCUCGUAGUAGUCAAGGCCUCGCCGAGUCGAUUUGCUCUGCUAUCGCUUCAACCUCGUCUUUAAAUAAAACGUCAUCCGGCGAGAUGGAUCAUGAGCAGUUCAGAGCAGCUAGUGAAUUACAGUGGCGAAAGUUCUACCGGAUUUUGCUCGAGCUUGAUAAGCCAAGAGGAGAGGCGCUGGCAUUGUCAUAUGAACCCGAGUCGGGCAUGCCAUGGGUUGUAUGUGCCGGUAGCAUCUCUGCCAUCAGAGAAUGCAGCGAGCUGGAGCAUAUUUACCAUAAUCCUCAUUUAGAAUUCGAAGGAUCGAACUCUGUCCCUAUUCUCGUUACCACUGGCGUCAAUUUCAUUGAGGGAUUUUCCGACAGUAUGCUACAAGUUUGCCAUUCUGUUCUUCGUCCAGAAAUGUUCGAGGAGUCGUCGAAAUCAGAUCAAGAACGAUUCCAGUUCGUCUCUGACAAGGCGGGGUUCUGGCGCCAGAUAUCUGACGAAGACUGCGCCCAGGUGACUGACGCGCUUGGACAGAAUUUCAACUUAAUAACGACACAGCUAUACGAUCGGACGGUUGCGACGUUCAACGAGACUUGGGAUUCUCAGCAUCCAACGGAACUCCCCCUUACAGAGUUUGGGCGAAAGAUAAUCGUCAAAGCGAUCCAGGACAUGGCUGAGCUGCAAUGGAACAUCUGCUUUAGUCAAUUGAUCCUCCUUGUCCAUAUGGAAUUCGAAUUCGACCGCCCGGAAGAUGCCCUCCAUAACAAUGUCGAGAUUGGCGUAAUAUAUCGCAACCUACUUGUUAUACUUAAGAGGCUCGAGCUCAUCCGAUGGCUUGCCAAUACCCAGAUAUCUGCGCCACUACCGAAGGUAGACAAGCCGAGUUCCGUGUCUGGCGGUUCACCGAUAACCUCAAAACGCCAAGUGGAGGAGCAUAGGGUCAUCACCGCCUUAGAGGGCAAUAUAGGACAUCUUCUUGAAUUGCCGGAAUUGAAAUCAAUUCCUUCCGACGCGAUGCCUUCGAUGAUCACAAACAUCGUUGCUGAUCUUUGUGCUCCCGCCAGUAAUGUGGAGUUACAACCUCAAUAUAUCCAAUGUGGCCUGCUCGUUAGGGAUAGGGCGGAUCUUGCUAUUGAGUUAACUCCUUUUUGCAAACAGGAUCCUUUUUCGACGUAUAUACAAGGACGUGUCCACCUUUCUCUGAAGAGCUUUACCUCUGCGGCAGCGUACUUCAAGAAGGCAGCAUACCCCAUGAGCGUACCAAAAGCGAAUCCUGAGAGGCAUAGCAGUGGUCUCUUGGACGAGACUGAAUGGAACCUACUUUUUGCUGGUCUCCCACGUUACUACGCUCACGUAGUUGCGCUCUAUGAACAGCAGAAAGCCUACUCAUUUGUGAUCGACUUCGCCCGCCUGGCCCUCCAAUUUGUCAACAACACAGUUGAGGAUGCCGACAAAGUCCGAACAGAAAUACAGUGUCGCCUCUUUAGCGGUGCUAUAGCUACAUCACAAUUCGAAUUGGCGCAUUCCACUAUCGUGGCAAUGGGAGAUCGCGCUCUACAACAUUCGUGUUUGCGAGCUCUAAUACAAAGAAUGUGCGAUAACCUUCACAAUUCAGAGUUGGUUAAUCUCACAUUCCCGGGCCUGCAAGGUGUUGUUGACGAUAUUCUCGCGCAACAUUGCCAAGAAACAGUGGACGUGGUUACGGGUGUCCCGUAUCACCAAAUCCUCUAUGCUUGGCGUAUCAAGCGGAACGACUACCGCGGCGCUGCCGCGAUAUUAUUGGAUCGCAUUCAGAAAUUAAGACAGCUUGGUGAAGGUGAUCAGGUUACGGGUGACGAUAUUUUGGACACUGCCGUUACGAGACAGUAUCUGAUGCUCAUCAAUGUUCUAAGCUGUGUGGAACCAAAGCAGGCAUGGAUUACGAUUGAAGGGCCAACACCUGCAGCCAAAUCUAGCACAGGAGCCUCUAAUCUAAUAAAGCGCAGAGUAGUCACUCUGGCUGAUAUUCGAAAGGAUUAUCAAGAUGAGCUCGACCGCAUCGCAGCAAUUCAGAACGACCAAUUUGGGUUCACGGCAGACGACGAGAUGGAGAUUCUAUGAUGUUAGGUCGUCCUGGCAGAUAUGCGUGGGCUGGUUGCAGUUGUACAACACAAAAUGUUUUUACUAGAUGAUACCUCCUGAGUUAGUAUUAGACAUCAGGCCAUUGCGGUAGGAAAAUGCGAAUUUUAACGGAUAAACUGAAUUAUAGCCCUCAAGCCCUCUUAGUUGUAACGCCUUGGCUCUCUGAGUUGACCACAUGCUAAUCAAUAACCACUGAACGCCGUGUCAUCAAUGCUCGACCUGGGGUGAAUAAGAAUGUACAACAAAUUGACCAACGUAAUAGAGCCAAAAGAAAAAAAAAUCAUGUA